AUGACUUCCAGAAUAAAGAGAGAUUUCUUGGGGAUGCUGCUGAAAUCCAGAUCGAUCAGCGUUCAGCACAGCAUCCCCACUGCAAGUGCUGUCUGCGAUUUUAAGGAAAAAGAACUCCCAGCACCCUCCUCCUGCCCCCAUUCACUGGCAUCCCUGCCUGGACCAACCAAAUUGCCCAUACUGGGGAGUUUGCUAGAUAUUUUAAGGAAAGGAGGGUUGAAAAGGCAACAUGAAGCCCUGGCAAGUUACCACAAGCAGUUUGGCAAGAUCUUCCGUAUGAAGCUUGGAUCCUUUGAUUCUGUCCAUAUCGGCGCUCCUUGUCUCCUUGAAGCGCUCUACAGGGAAGAAAGCAAUUACCCCAAAAGACUAGAGAUAAAGCCAUGGAAAGCCUACAGAGAUUAUCGUGACGAAGCUUAUGGAUUGCUAAUACUAGAAGGAAAGGACUGGCAGAGAGUUCGAAGUGCCUUUCAGCAGAAGCUAAUGAAGCCAACAGAAGUUGGGAAAUUAGAUACUAAAAUCAAUGAGGUUUUAGUGGACUUUAUGCAAAGAAUUGACAGUGUUUGUGAUGAGGAUGGAACAAUAGAAGAUUUAUAUUGUGAACUUAAUAAAUGGUCACUUGAAAGUAUUUGUCUUGUGCUUUAUGAGAAAAGAUUUGGAUUUCUACAAGCAAAUUUAGGGGCGGAGGCCCUGAACUUUAUUACAGCCAUAAAAAAGAUGUUGAGCACCUUUGGACUGAUGAUGGUGACACCAGUUGAACUCCACAAAAGCCUGAAUACUAAAAUAUGGAAAGACCACACUCACGCCUGGGAUAGCAUCUUCAAAACUGCAAAAUGUCACAUUGACAGGAGACUAACAAAACAGUCAUCUGAAAGCUCAGAAGAUUUUCUGUGCACCAUCUACAAUGACAGCAAGUUAUCCAAAAAAGAAAUGUACGCGACCAUCACCGAAAUGCUCAUCGGGGCAGUGGAAACUACAGCCAACAGUUUGCUUUGGGCAAUAUUCAACAUCUCCCGUCACCCACACAUUCAGAAGAAACUUCUAGAAGAAAUUCAGAGCAUAUUGUUACCAAACCAGAUCCCCACAGCAGAUUCUAUCAGAAACAUGCCAUAUCUAAAGGCCUGCUUGAAAGAGUCAAUGAGGAUUACUCCAUCGGUUCCCUUCACAACCCGAACCCUGGAUAAAGAAACUGUUCUUGGAGAUUACAAGUUGCCAAAGGGGACUGUACUGACCAUAAACAGUCAUGUUCUGGGAUCGAACCAAGAAUGCUUUGAUGACUGGAACCAGUUCCGACCUGAGCGUUGGCUUGAGGAGAAGAACUCUAUUAACCCCUUUGCUUACAUCCCAUUUGGCAUCGGGAAAAGAAUGUGUAUCGGACGGCGACUGGCUGAGCUGCAGCUCCAGUUAACACUGUGUUGGCUGAUUAGGAAAUACAACAUUGUGGCAACUGAUAGCGACCCAGUGGAGACACUACACUUGGGGACGCUGAUGCCCAGCCGAGAGCUUCCAGUAGCGUUCCACAGGAGAUAAAGGAAGGUGAGGAAUGAAGGGAAUUUGUUUACACGCGCUCCUAUACUCUUCGGCACUGACGUUCAUGGACAAUAAUGUUACCAGGCUUUAAACUGGCGAGCAGGAUAUGUUUACAGGCAGUCACAAUGCUGAAGUCAACUGAUGGCACUGACGGGAAAAUGGGACGGUCCAUGUGUAAAACCACGUAGCACAACUAUGCAACGUGUUUGCUAAAAAGAUAUGCAUGGUAUUUGCUCAGCUGAAAGUAGGCCAAACUAUGUUGUCGAAGGCUACAGCCGUUCACAUUUGCUGCAGAGAUAAAAGGAGCCCUCUACCUGCCAAGUGAUUAUAUCUAGAGGGCAACUAUAAUAAAACAAACAAACAGCCACCCAACCCUUUUAUGAGAACUCGCUGGCUGGUGUUUAUUGUAUAUUGUGCUCAGUUUACAAAACCAUAUUUAACAUACAAAAAUGAAAUCAUGUUUUUGGGACACUGCUCUUUAGAUUUGCCACUGGCUUAUUUUUAACAGAAUUUCAGAGCAGAGACCCUGAACUGUAGCCAAAAAGUUGAUUAUUUGUUAAAACGAUGUCGUGGAACAGAAACUGCUCUUCUGGCUAUAUUUGUGGCUCAAUCUGGUGAUCUAUAAAUUUGAACUUUGCCUGAAGUGUGAUGUCUUUCCACACCAAAUUGUUGACUCUAAAAAGGUUAGAUAAAAUGGCAAAUUGGCUGUGUUUUUACAUAGUUUUAGGGUCAGGGCACACGCUCAGGUUCGGGGAGAUUAGUCGCUUAAGUUGCACAAAAAACCAUGUGUACUGCAACGUAAUAUAGGGGCUACCAAUUGCUAAUAACAUUCCACAUUUUGCACAGCCAAACUUUAAUUUUUUUUUUUAAAUGACUCAAAAUGCUAUGGUCUCAAAUUAUUUGUGAAAAAACAAUCAUAAAAUUUUCCAGAAUUAGUCCCACUUCCAGUUCACUGGCUUAGGUGGCAUUUGAAAGAAAUGGGAAUUUGUCUUUUUUGGUCUUUGUAUUAAAAAAAGCAUGAAAAAUCAUUAUUCCUCAAAAAAAAAAAAAAAUUAAAGCGAAUCAUGCAAAUUGCUCAUGUAAAAUGACCACACGAUUUGGUUAAGUUUUUUUUUUAAACAACUGUAUUUGUAUUGUAAUUCGUAUAGAAAAACAAAUAAGAUUAAGGGGGUUAUUUAUCAAAGUCCGAAUUUAUCUCAAU